CAGGUGAACCCCCUCAAGAAGGUGCCAGCCUUGAAGGACGGGGACUUCACCUUGACGGAGAGGUCCAUACUCAACUCACCACCAUGGCGGCCCUCAAAACCCAGGGAAGGAGGAGAGUGCCCGGGUGCCUUGUCUGUUCUGUUGUUCUAGGAUCCUGCAGCUGCAGGAGUGCUUCCUGAGUGGUGCUUUAGGAAGCCAAACUACCCCAGUCGGCUUAGAUAGGAGCUGAUUCUUGGCAGAAAGAAUGACACAAAGAACAAAGGGACGUGGAAGCCUUUUUGAAGUCAGGCCAUCAGAGGCUGGUCGGAAUCCCAGCGGAUGAGAGUGGAUACAGAAUGGAAAGAACUGAGCUUCUUUAAAGCUCAGCUUUGACGCCCCGUCCUCCUGGAAGCUCUCUCUGGUUCUCUGAUCAGAAACUGUCUCUAAACAUUUGGCAAGACAUUCUGUUGUGGGAUUUUGCCUGGUGGUAGGAAAAGCUUGGGUAUUAGCCUCAGAAAGAUUCUCAGCUCUGCCAUUAAGAGCUGUGUGCCCUAGGGCAAGUCUCUGCCUUUCUAAGCCUGGUUUUCUUCUCUGGAAAAUCAGGCUAAUACUUUGGCAAAUUGUCAGAAAGGUUAAAGAAGUGUGCUGGGCACAGUGGUUCAUGCCUGUAAUGCCAGCGCUUUGGGAUGCCAAGGCUGGAGGACUGCUUGAGGAUAGGAGCUUAAGACCAGCCUGGCCAUACAGUGAGAUCCCAUCUCUACAAAAAAGAAAAAAAGUAGCCAGGCAUGGUGGUGCACUCCUAUAGAAAUUGAAGCUGCAGUGAGCUGAGAUUGUACCACUGCACUCCAGCCUGGGUGACUGAGGAAGACCUUGUCUUAAAAAAAAAAAAAAAAAAAGGCCAGGUGCAGUUGCUCAUACGUGUAAUCAUGGCACUUUGGGAGGCCGAGGUGGACAGAUCACAAGGUCAGGAGUUUGAGACCAUCCUGGCUAAUAUGGUGAAACCCCAUCUCUACUAAAAAUACAAAAAAUUAGCCAGGCGUGGUGGCACGCACCUGUAGUUCCAGCUACUUGGAACUGAGGCAGGAGAAUCACUUGAACCUGGGAGGCGGAGGUUGCAGUGAGCCAAGAUCGCACCACUGCACUCCAGCCUGAGCGACAGAGCGAGACUCCGUAUCAAAGAAAAAAAAAGGCGACUAUGUAUAAAAUACCCAGGACGGUGCCCUUCCCUUACCCAUCAUGACCCCCACACCCACAGUGUGGCCAUCCUGCUCUACCUGACGCGCAAGUAUAAGGUCCCUGACUACUGGUACCCUCCGGACCUGCAGGCCCGUGCCCGUGUGGAUGAGUACCUGGCAUGGCAGCACACGACUCUGCGGAGAAGCUGCCUCCGGGCCUUGUGGCAUAAGAUGAUGUUCCCUGUUUUCCUGGGUGAGCCAGUAUCUCCCCAGACACUGGCAGCCACCCUGGCAGAGUUGGAUGUGACCCUGCAGUUGCUCGAGGACAAGUUCCUCCAGAACAAGGCCUUCCUUACUGGUCCUCACAUCUCCUUAGCUGACCUCGUAGCCAUCACGGAGCUGAUGCAUCCCGUGGGUGCUGGCUGCCAAGUCUUCGAAGGCCGACCCAAGCUGGCCACAUGGCGGCAGCGCGUGGAGGCAGCAGUGGGGGAGGACCUCUUCCGGGAGGCCCAUGAGGUCAUUCUGAAGGCCAAGGACUUCCCACCUGCAGACCCCACCAUAAAGCAGAAGCUGAUGCCCUGGGUGCUGGCCAUGAUCCGGUGAGCUGGGAAACCUCACCCUUGCACUGUCCUCAGCAGUUCACAAAGCAUUUUCAUUUCUUUUCUCGUGAUCCGCCCACCUCGGCCUCCCAAAGUGCUGGAAUUACAGGCUUGAGCUACCGCGCCCAGCCGGCAUUUUCAUUUCUAAUGGCCCAUGGGAGCCAGGCCCAGAAAGCAGGAAUGGCUUGCCUAAGACUUGCCCAAGUCCCAGAGCGCCUCACCUCCCGAAGUCACCAUCCCUACCCUGUCUUCCACAGCCACCUGAAAGCCACAAUGAGAAUGAUGCACACUGAGGCCUUGUGUCCUUUAAUCCCUGCAUUUCAUUUUCAUUUUGGAUAAUAAACCUGGGCUCAGCCUGAGCCUCUGCUUCUAA